GCAGCAGCAAGCUCUCAGCUGCUCGCAGUCCUGCUCAGUCCUGCGCUGGCAACGCUGAACUGGCGGCUGCAACUGCGAGAAACUUUUAUUUUUUGUUAAUUUCUGCCUUCCCCUUUGUUGACGAUGACCUAACUUCGAAAGAGAGCCUCUGCUGGCCAGGGAUUGGCCCUCCUACCUCAACAAAUCACCUUGAGGGCUGUUCUGCUGAUGGGAGGUCUCUAAACCGCUCGUCUAUUUCGCCCAAAUGCACUGUCUGCCUUCAACCCUCAUCUAAGAUGGCUGCCUAUGGCCUUGUUCUGCACCUGAUAAGACCAGAGUACUGCUGUGUUCUACCAUGGUGAUCAUUUUCUUGAAAACACUGGAAAAGAGGAAGGGUGUCAAUGAUGUAAGGCCCACGAGCACCGAGAGACGGCUGUGUGACCUCCACACCAUGAGUAGAGGGACCACCCUCUUCUCCUGUGGAACUGUGGAUGCAGAUCGGUGGCUGGACCGGGAGCAGAGCUGUGGCAUCCAGCAGAGAGCUCCCUGCCAGUCUGGUGCCAGUCUGGAGAGCCUGUGGGAUGUGAUGCCUGAGCCGGGGAACUGGCACUGGGCCAAGAAGCCAGGCACAGCAAUCACCAGUCUGAUAAGAGAUCUCAGCCUUGGUGACGGCAGCACGAGCAGCCCCCUCUCCCUCCCAACCUCUACCCCUGCGCACCACCCCACUACAGCCAUUACCCAAGCUCCUGCGGCACCCCCGAGCAAACGUCAGUGUCGCUCCCUGUCCUUCUCUGAUGAUUUCAGUGGGUCCCGCUCAUCUUGGAGGCCCCAAGGCUCCAGAGUGUGGACAACAGUGGAGAAACGUAGGUGCCACAGUGGAGGUAGUGUACGAGGAGGAGGAGGGGGUUUCUCCAGCAGCAAUUUUCCAACAAUGCAGCGAAGCUCCAGCUUCAGUUUGCCCUCACGCCCCAGCAUCCCUUCGGACAGGGCUUUGGAUCUGACGUUCUUCAACCAGCGCCUGCCUCUCCACCCUCAAUUCACCGCCUCUCCGGUCACCCCUACCUCUCCUUCCUCGCAUCAUCAUCAUCAUCACUUCCUUUCCCUUUCCCAUGAGCAGAUCAGCUUGCCAGAGCUCCAGGGGGAGGAGGCAUCAGAGGCCAGCUCUCCUGACUCCACCCCAGAAUUUGGGCGGCGGGCGAGCCAGAGAGCUGGAAUAAGGGGGUGUCUUUCUCGGAGCAAGUCCCAGCCCUGCGUGUUAAACGACAAAAAGAUUGGUAUGAAGCGCAGGAGGCCAGAAGAUGCCCAGGAGCAGCGUCCUUCUCUGGACUUGGCAAAGAUGACUCAGAAACUACAGACUUUUCAGAGCUUGAGCUGGCCUGGAUUGUCAGCCACAGACAGCUGCAGGUCCAACCUGCCCCCUCCCACCACAGAGACCUUCACUCAUCUAGACUCAGACUUCGCUGCUGUUUCCGAGCUGGGACUGGAGUCACGGCAGGAAAAAUGCAAAGACGACGACGAGGAGGAUUCGUCCUACGAGGAGCUGGACAGCGACUCGGCUUGUAGCGUUGACUCGCGGCCCGGGUCUCCAGUAGACACACUGGGCGGUAAACGUCCCCUCUGGAAGGGUGAUUGUGGGACACAGAGGGACAUUUUCCAGCUUGGAGGAGAGUUGGAUCUUGACCAGAUUGAAAGAAACUGAACACUUUUAUAGAGGUCUUUGAAAGAAGACCAUGUCCGGGCUUUCGUAGAAUGUAAUUGGACUUUGAGGUUGUACCAAGAGAUGUUUAUUAAGACAGACUGAUUGAAGGAAUGGAGGAAGUGUUUUUUGAAGUUUGAAAGGAAAAGAUGAGGAAAGUGAUGGAGAUGAAGAAGGAUUUAGUAUGUUGUUAACUGCUGGCUUCUUAAUGACACAUUUGCCUUGAACAUUCUCACUGUUUGAAUCAAAAAGCAGUGACCUUAGUUGUUGUUUUUAUUGGGUAUUCAGCUUAACUCAGGAGAAAGAAAGUGAGGGUUUCGUCUUAAAAAAAAAAAACCCAGCUCCCACACUCACUUGUCAACCUGAUGAUCUUUCCAGCUAACCUUAGAUUUGUAGUACUGUAGCAGUAGCUGGGCUCUCCUGUAUUUAGCUUGAUUUUUGUUUUGUUUUUAAGAGAAAGAGGCAUCAAGGAUAGACGCUGAUCCAGGGAUGGAUAACAGCACCCUUUGCUGUCCUCCACAUCUGUUUGUGCACACAUAAAAACCGGACUUUUAUGCUGAAUGUAGGCUCAAUAAGCUUUAUAAGGUGUUCAGAAAAUGACAGUGCCUUCUUUUCGAUGCUCGCUUGUCCUUCAAGAAACCAGCCUCAAUGGAAGCCACCCUUUUCUGACCUUUUUGUAGUUUCUUAAUAUGCAAAUUGUAUAUUUGAAUUCAACACUGAAUCUCAAGUUUUCAGUCCUAAUAUCAAUGUAUAUUUUUCUAAGUAACUGUUUUUUUAUGAGCUGUUUGUGAAGGAGCAAGAAUGCAAGGCCUUUCUUCUAACAGAAUGGACAUGAAAUAAAUGUACAACCUGCA